UUUAUAGUUCAGUCACUCUCUGUUAUGACUUUAAAGAAGUCAAUAAAGCAAGUUCAAAUAAAAAGCAAAUGAUUUCAAACAAGCACCUAUCAAAAUAUUAGUUUAUGUUACAAUAGCACAUUGUGCCACCUGAUUUAAUAACUACUGCCAGUUGAGCAAGAAUCUUUGAUGAUAUAAAAGCUAUUGUAAUGGAAUUGCCAUGUUAGUUUCAAUUCUUACACCAUGCUGUUGAAGAUUUCGUGGGUGCUUAUUCUCUUGGUACUCUGUCUGCACCCCGGUUAUUCGAUCAAACGCAGAUGCCUUCAGCCACUAGAACAGGGCUCCGGGAAGGCUCUUCUGCGCAAUUGGUUCUACAACUCCACGUCCCAGAGCUGUCAGAGAUUCAUCUUCUUCGGUGGUGCUGGGAAUGGCAACAAUUUUGAGACCAAAAGGCGCUGCCGAAAGGUUUGCCUUGCCAAUUAAUUUUAAA